UGGAGGAGGGAGGCGGUGUUUUGCAGUCAAACCGCACCAGCGCUGCUGCGAGGCGACAUCCAGCUAUACUCUCAUCUGGCACACACACACACGCGCGCAUACACACACACACACACACAUACACACACACACAGCGGCGACGGCGCUUUGCAUCAUGCAGGAGGGCUUAUAAUAGGAAACCUGUUACACACAAAACGCUGCACAUGUGAUGGCAGGCAGCCGCGCCGGGUCCUCCUCCUCCUCCGCAGAUUAAUUAGCGGGCGACUUGCGCUCCUGAGAGUCUCGGAUUGGGUGUCUUAAUGAGGAUAUUGCGGCAAUGGUGAAGGACAAGGCCCAAAACCGGACGCUUCAGUAUCAGCAAACUUUGAUGUAUGGGCGGUACACCCAGGAGCUGGGUGUGUACGCCAAGGAGGAAGCGGCCCGCCUACGGGAUGGAGGAGUGCGGGAUGGUGGAGGACUGCGGAGGAGCACCAGCGUUCGUAGUCGUGCUGCAGAUCUGCUGGAGUAUGAGAAAGACCCCUGUGCAAAGUGCCAAUUGUGUGCGUCUCGCUGCCAGAAGUUCCUGAUCUCGCGGGUAGGGGAGGACUGGAUCUUCCUCAUUCUGCUGGGUCUACUCAUGGCUCUGGUCAGCUGGGUCAUGGACUACGCCAUCGCCUUCUGCCAAGAAGCACAGAAGUGGAUGUAUGCUGGACUGGACAGUAACCUCCUUCUGCAGUACAUCGCCUGGGUCACCUACCCUGUAGUGCUCAUCACUUUCUCAGCAGGAUUCACACAGAUACUGUCGCCUCAGGCUGUGGGUUCAGGUAUUCCGGAGAUGAAGACGAUCCUGCGGGGCGUGGUCCUGAAGGAGUACCUGACCUUUAAGACGUUUGUGGCCAAAGUCAUUGGUCUGACCUGUGCUUUGGGCAGUGGGAUGCCUCUGGGGAAGGAGGGACCCUUCGUUCAUGUUGCCAGUCUGUGCGCCGCUCUCUUGAGCAAAUUCAUGGCUGCUCUGUUUGGUGGGAUUUUCAUGGUUAAAAUGGACGAGCCCUUUGAGGGAAGCAAGAACGAGCUGAGGAACACAGAGAUGCUGUCGGCCGCCUGUGCAGUGGGUGUGGGCUGCUGCUUCGCCGCCCCUAUUGGAGGGGUGCUGUUCAGUAUUGAGGUCACUUCAACGUUUUUUGCGGUGAGAAACUACUGGAGGGGCUUCUUUGCCGCCACCUUCAGUGCCUUCAUAUUCAGAGUGCUGGCAGUGUGGAACAAGGAGGAAGAGACCAUCACUGCUCUCUUUAAGACCCGUUUCCGUCUGGACUUCCCGUUUGACCUUCAGGAGCUGCCAGCAUUCGCCAUCCUCGGGAUUGCCUGUGGUUUUGGUGGCGCUCUGUUUGUCUACCUGAACCGGCUGAUUGUGGAGUGCAUGAGGAAACAGAAGACUAUCAACAAGUUUCUCCUGAGGAAUCCAUCUUUUCCUGUCAGGCGCCUGGUGUUUCCCGCUCUCGUCACCCUGCUGAUCUCCACACUCACGUUCCCUCCGGGCUUCGGGCAGUUCAUGGCUGGACAGCUGACACAGCACGAGUCUCUGGUAGCGCUGUUCGACAACCGCACGUGGUGCCGUCAGGGUGUGGCGGAGGAGUUUGACUACAUCAGCCACCACCAUGCCUGGAAACACCCCCAGGUCAACGUCUUUAUCACACUCAUCCUCUUCAUCAUCAUGAAGUUCUGGAUGUCCGCUGUGGCCACCACCAUGCCUGUUCCAUGCGGCGCCUUCAUGCCAGUUUUUCUUAUCGGCGCUGCAUUUGGCCGACUUGUUGGAGAAAUCAUGGCGACCAUGUUUCCUGAUGGCAUACAUGCUGACGGCAGCGUGUAUCCCAUAGUUCCUGGCGGUUAUGCUGUAGUUGGUGCUGCCGCGUUGUCUGGAGCAGUCACCCACACUGUAUCCACAGCGGUCAUAGUGUUUGAGCUGACUGGUCAGAUCUCCCACAUCCUGCCUGUGAUGAUCGCUGUGAUCCUGGCCAACGCCGUGGCCCAGUCGCUGCAACCCUCGCUGUACGACUCCAUCAUCCGCAUCAAGAAACUUCCUUAUCUGCCUGAACUGGGCAUGGGCCAUCACGAGAAAUAUAAUAUCCGUGUGGAGGACAUCAUGGUCAGGGAUGUGCGCUUCAUCACCCUUAACUCUUCCUAUCGGGACCUGCAGGAGAUGCUGCUGACUGGUCAGCUCAAAACACUGGCCCUGGUGGAAUCCAGAGAGUCCAUGAUCCUGCUGGGAUCCAUUGAGCGGCUGCAGCUUCAGUCUCUGCUCUCUCUUCAGCUGGGCCGCCAGCGGAGGCUGGAAUACCUCCGCCAGCUGGCCCAGGACAACGGCACCCAGGAUCAUCUGCCCAGCCUGACUACCGACAGCACACCCAGCUCCCCCUGCACCCACACCCACUCCAACACCUCGACCAACACCAACGCUCGGCAAGCGGUCCGCUUCCUGGUGAGCACCCAACAGAUCUCCACAGAGGAGUCUUCCUCCUUCAGUCCAGUGGUUACCAAUGUCCAGCUUCCCCUGAAAUCUGCCUUGAAAACUGUGUCGGCCAUCAGCGACACAGAGACGCCAAAUAGCUCUCAGACCCUCUCCUGUGCUGACCAAGACAAGGAGCUGCUGGAGAGCCCGGCUGGGCCGGCUCCUCCUGAAAAAAGAAAGCCCAAGCCCAAACGAGUGAGGAUCUCCAUGGCGGACUCUACUGAAGUGGAAGAUUGCAUGACCCCAUCAGAGAUAGCUGAGUGGGAGGAGCAGCAGCUUGAUGAGCCGGUGGAUUUCAAGAACUGCAAGAUUGAUCCAGCCCCUUUCCAGCUGGUGGAGCAAACAUCCCUGCAUAAGACUCACACUAUCUUCUCCCUGCUGGGUCUGGAUCAUGCCUAUGUGACCAGCAUGGGACGUCUGGUUGGAGUGGUUUCUCUCAAAGAGCUGCGGAAGGCCAUAGAGGGCUCAGUGACAGUGACAGGAGUAAAAGUGCGCCCUCCGUUGGCCAGUUUCCGCGACUGUGGAAACAGCACAAGCGUAUCCGAGGUAACCGAACUACACAAGCUGUGCAUCCGCCACAGGGGGCUCUCGUUGCCACGGGAACCCAACCCUCCUGACGUGGAGGAGCAGCCAGAUCUCGCGUACAAAGAGAUCCCUGUCAACUUCUCGGACCAGUCGAAUUUGCAGUUUGAAACCAGCCCCGGCGAUGUCACAAACCAGUCGUCGGAGUCGGUGCUCCAGGAAAGCCCCUCGUUCACCGAGGAACAAUCUGAGUUUACUUUUGACUGCAGCCCCUCCCACACUGAGGAAUCAGAGCUGGCAUGUGACUAUGACCCCCCCACCCAAACUCCUGAGCCGGACGAAACAGAGCAAGAAGAACAGGGGAGUCCAUCUCUGAACCAGGACCUAUCAGAACCUGAGGGAGAGGGUAUCCCCGCUCACACUGAGGAUCAACCAAAAUGAUCCGAGGGGAUUCAUGCUGUCGCCUCAUGAAUGUUGACGUUUCUUACAUUUGUAGAGGUCACCUCCAAGUCCAGCCUAGAUACCCGUGUUUCUAAUGUUGUUGUGGCGUGAGUGAGCGAGUGAGAGUGAGCGUGAGUAGGUGUGACAUUUAUUACUGUGUUACUGUGGAAAUGCUCAGAUAAAAUGUGUCGUAAUGGAUAAAGCUGGUUUUAUUCUAUGUUUUUAUUAUUGUCUACAAAUCCCAUGAAAAGACGCAAAACAACAACAAUGGGUUUGUCUGUUUCGGAUGUCUGUGGCUCUGUCAUUCCUGUUGAAGACGUAAAUCUUUAAAGGGAAACUCCACCAAUUUUACGCAUCAAAGUCUGUUUACUUCAGGUGUUGGGUGGUACAACUGCAUUAUGUGAAAUAAAAUCAUAUAAAGGCCAACACUGUUAUAGGAGUGCAAUGAUAAAUCUCUUUUAAAAACAAGUAACAAAUAUAUACUGUAUCUUAAUUGAGUUUGGAAGUUAAUUGGAAACAGCAGUUAGCAAAACAAUCUCACCACAAGGUCCAUUUAAUAGCAGUUUUUGGAGUUUCCGAUCAUAUCACAUGAUGUUUAUUAACAGAUGGAGUUUGCUCAGUUGUUUGGGAAUUGCAGAUGUUAAAAUACUUUAAGGGGUUCUUGUCCACGUUGGCUUAAAGGUUGAGAUGAAACUGGGGAGUCCAAGGUCAAGAAUGACCUUUCAAACUCAAUUUCAUGAGAACUAAACAAAUAGACCUUCAGGCAAGAUUAUUUUGUCAAUAUAAUAUUUUCUUUUUUUGAAGGCCAGAUAAUUUCCUAAAACAGCUGGGUGCUAUAGGUUAUAUUACUCAAAACCAGAAUAAAUCCAUCUGGGUGGAGACUAUUUUCAUCUAUUAUUCUAGUGAGUAUUUAAAGCACUCAGUCUAUUUAUGUGGGACAUUGCUCAUAUUGUACAGUCUAUUUAUGUGGGACAUUGCUCAUAUUGUGCGCAAAUCCAUCAUGAUGAAAGAACUUGUCACCCAGUGCAACGGCAUGGCUCAUUAUUAAAAGUUAAAUAAUUUUCUAAAGCAGCUGACACUGUAGUUUCUAACAGGAGAAAAUAAUGAAUUUGUUGGCGACAAGUUUCAGCUUCAUCUUCAGGAAUAUCUCAACCAGCGCAACAACGUGGCUCAUAUGUGUCUUUAGGGGAAUAAACUAUAGCAGGCUUUAUCUACAAACACAACACUAGGUUUUGAUUUGGUACGAAAGGAAGAAAAACAUAGAAUAUUUCCAGCUUCAUCUUUUAGAUGUGUUUGUGUAUGUGUGUGAAUGUUUGUGUGUGUGUGUGUGUGAGAGACACUUUUCGACACUUUCCUUGCCAUGCUCAAAUCUGGUCCGGAUUCUUCAACAUAAUUUGAGUCUUCAUGCCAAAAUAACAUCCUGUUAACAUGACUUCAAACAUUACAAGGAGAGAAAUAAACCACAGGGAAAAAUAAAAGGAGCAAAUAAUAAUAGAGACGAAAGCACAGAAGAACAAAGACAUGGUAAAUUAUUCUAAUGAGCACAUGAUGGUAUGAAUAAAACUACCUAUUCACUAGCACUGGACUAAUACAUCAGAGGGCCAGAAUUAAUGGCUAAUAAUAUUAAUAAGAUAUAGUGGUGUUGGUUAUAUGUUGGCUGAUAUGCAAUAAAUUUACAGUAAUAAUCACUAAAAGAUGAUUUAAUAGCAACACUGUCAUCACUAGUUUGUCCAGACUUCGUUGUUUACAACUCUGCAGUGUCACAACACGUCAUUAUCCGCAUAUAUUUUUUAUUUUACUACAAAAUAUUGGUGUCCAUAUCAGCCCACGAACAUCCCCAAUCAGCUGGGAUCUACUGUUCACAUGACGAAAAAGGCAGCUUCCAAAGGUCCACCAGGCUUAGUACAGGGCUCCAAAUAAUGAUGAAGCACAUUGUAAGUACCAUGAGUAUAAUUUACUGCACAUGUAGCCUUGUUUGGCUUUAUAGGGGCUGAUUCAAUAAGGGCAAUAUAGUCUUGUCACUUGAACUGCCUCUACAUUUUCCGCUAUGUGAAUUUACUGUGUUUAACGUGUUUCUAGCAUGAUAAAGGAACAACACUUGAGCUCCGGGUGAAAAGGAAGAUACUGGCUGUUGUACAGAGCACACAAACAAACACACACACAUACACACACACACACACACACACACACACACACACACACACACACACACUCUUAUACGCACACAUGUAUGCGGCCUGUAGAUAUUAACACCGUGAUAUGUUACACGUAUCUUAAUCCAGCCUGGCCUCUAAUGCAAUGUUGAGCAAAGUGUGUGUGUGUGUGUGUGUGUGUGUGUGUGUGUGUGAGUCCUUGUUAACGACCUAUAAAAUGGAUGUCAAGUAAUUUAGCUUCAUGCUACAAUUUUCCGAGCCAUAUUUCAAUCUUAUGUGAUAUCAUUAACAGCACACCGACUUGGGCUCAUUUUUGUCUGUGUAAACAUUUGUGCAACGAUUUAUUAACGUCCUAACUUUUUGUUUGCAUAUAGAAUGUGAAGUAGUGCUCGCCAUAUAAGAUAACGUAUAAGGAAUUAAAUGUAGAGAGUGUAUAAGCUAAUUUGCAGCGUAUCUAGUUAAGCAAUAAGUCUGUAGUAUCUCCCUUUAUAUGGCACUGGCCUGUAUAUGCUUUGUACAUAUGAAAAUACACGGAUGAGAUCUACUUAUAUGCUAUUGUACAUAGGAGAAUUAUGCAUUUGAAAUCCAACAGCCAUUGUUAUUUUUCAGAGAACAUGAAAUUGUUUUUGUACAUGAGUGAAUGAUUAAAUUGAAAAAAACACAAACACCUUUAAAAGAUAA